UUACUGAUAAUAAAAAGAAGUCAUUAUUUAAGCAACCGCUGACUUUACUGGACUCUGCAGCCAAAACUACAGCAUUACAUUAUGUAUGUGAUGAACUAGAAGCACAGCAUUUAUCCUUUGAUGAUCAGCUAUGGAAAAAGAUUGCAUUCUGGGCUUUUCCAAGAGAUGAAUCAGAAGCCAAGCUUUAUUAUAAAAUUGUCAAUUCCGAUGAGCAAGCAUGGACUGCAGCUGUUAAGUUUGUAGAAAAAGAAAAAAUGACAGAUGUCAUCCAAGUUGGUUUCAUGGUGACUGCUACUAUAAGUGAUGGUCGUCCCUAUCAAGUAUCUCUCACGUUUGAACGUUGUAAAAUAGUCUCUUCAACUUGUUCUGGCUGUCCAAAACAACUCUGGUGCUCACAUAUUCUCGCUGCUGUUAUUUAUAGAAUACGCAAUGCAAAUCAGAUCACUGUCCAUGCACCUAUGACUGAAAGCCUGUCUGCAUUGAGCCGUGAACAAUUACAAAAACUUUUGCAAUAUCAUGUAGCUGAAGAUCCUGGAUCAGUCCUUGGUAAACUGUUCAAGCACUUCGAUGCUGUGCGUGAUGUUCAAUCUGAUAUGAACCAGACUCAAGCACUGCCUGAUCCCACAAUUGGAUUAGCAGAGGGCAUAUCCAAUACAUGGCAGAGAUCUAUGGAGAUAUUGGGUAAGAGAAUCAUAGCUGAGUUGAAGAGGGCUAGCAUUCUCCAUGAUAGCAGAUGCUGUUAUCAUGGACCUGGUGAGACACCAGCAGGUUGUGAAAAGAGCACUCUUGACCAGCACAUCAACAAAAUCAAAGAGUUAAUGUUAAGACGUGAUGCUAAAGCUCGUCAAGUAUUAAUGGUUAUUGCAGCAGCUACAGUGAAAGUGAUGAAAGAGAAUCAACGUGAAAGAUAUGAAGCACCUGAUCUGGACCGAUUUUGUCAUGAAAUUGAGAGGCUAAUGAGAGCUAGUGUUAUGAAUCCUUCAUUGUUAUCAAUACAACAUCUACAGAAGUUACAGACAUUCUUACUUAAACUCUACAGAGAGACCAGUAGUUUGAAAUCUAAUGUAGUACGUCACAGUCAGUGGAUUGAGCUACCCAGUGUUGUGCCAUUAUUGAAAGGCAAAGACUACAUCACAAGUGUAUUACAAGGUGAAGUCCCACAGAAUCUCUCCGAUGAAAUAGAUACAGUUGAUGAUAUGUUUGUUGUUGAUGGCAUUGGAAAUGAUGACAAUCAGGGUGGUAAUGGUAAUGCCUCUGCUAGUGAUAAUGAGCGCAUCAGUCAAGCACAAACAGGAUAUCUCUUCAAGGAAGCACUCUGUUUAGCAACUCUGAGACUACACCAUAAAGAUCCCAGGAUAUUAUUGGGCUUCACUGGUAAAUUGGUAAGUUUCAGCGUCACUUUGGCAGCAUUGGAAACUUUACUACUUCAUGGACUUAUCAAGCCAGCCACGUGUCUUGCUGUUAAACAGUUACAAGUUAUUAUGAACUCAGUUAAAAAGGAUUGUAUACUUAGUAAAAAUUUCCACAAAGAUCAACAAGAUGGCUUCAUGGAAAUGGACAGCAAUGAACCUAGUACAUCAAGGGGAGCAGCUUCAACGCUGCAUACAAGGAACAAGAUCUAAAACUAGAAAUAAGAAGGGGGCUAGACUUACACCUGCUCCAAAGGGAAGAGGAAAGGGAAGGGGGAAAGCCAAAGGAAAAGUUGCCAAAGAAAAAGAAGAUAAAAACAGUCCUCUGAACAAAACCAAGGAUCAUGUUACUUCUCCGAGUCCUACUAAGUUAGCAACAUUAGACUUUGCCCUGUUGUACUUAUGUGAUGUCAUUUUCAAGAGUAAUUACGCUGGUGACGAGGAACGUAAAUUAGCUUUCAAAGCGGGUCUACAUGCACUAGAGC